UUUUGGUUAUAACUCCUCGCCGUUCUGACUAUAUCACUCCUUUUCCUCAGCACCGCUUUGAAAGUUACUCAAACUCACCACCUCCUCCCACCACCGUCUUCAAAACUCAUUACCGUAACUGUCGCCGGAAAAUUCAAUUAAUUUUAUGAAACCCAAAAACCACAUAUUCAACCACCCAACACUCAAAACACUACAACAAAAAUGCAACAAUCUCAACAACCUUAAACAAACCCAUGCCCAAAUCAUAACCACUGGUCUUUCACUUCAAACAUAUUGCCUCAGUCACCUCAUCAACAUUUCCUCUAAAUUCAAUUUAUCCUAUGCUUUCACCAUCUUCAAUCACAUCCCAAACCCAUCAAUUUUCCUCUACAACACACUCAUUUCAUCAUUGAUUAAUCAAAAUAAAAAUAGUGAAAAUAAAAUUAAUCUAGCAUUUUCACUUUAUAGUAAAAUUCUCACUCACAAAAAUCUUCAACCUAAUAGUUUCACUUUUCCUUCACUUUUCAAGGCUUGUUGUUCUAACCCAUCAUGGUUUCAAUAUGGUUUAUUACUUCAUGCUCAUGUUUUGAAGUUUCUGAAACCACCUUUUGAUCUUUUUGUUCAAGGCUCUUUGCUCAAUUUCUAUGCUAAAUAUGGGAAAUUGUUUGUUUCUAGAUAUCUUUUUGAUCAAAUUGAUCAACCUGAUUUGGCUACUUGGAAUAUUAUUUUGAGUGCUUAUGCAAAUAGUGUGAAUAGUUUUGAUGAUGCUGAAUUUUCCUUGGAAGCUUUGUGUUUGUUUCAUGAUAUGCAAGUGGCUAAAGUAAGAGCUAAUGAAGUUACAAUUGUUGCAUUGGUUAGUGCUUGUUCUAGUUUAGGUGCUCUUAGUCAUGGUUUUUGGGUUCAUUGUUUUGUGCUGAGGAAUAAGGUUAUGGUGAAUAGAUUUGUUGGAACUGCUUUGGUUAAUAUGUAUUCGAAAUGCGGGUGUUUGAAUCUUGCAUGUCAGGUGUUUGAUAGAAUGUCUGAUAGAGAUAGGGAUACGUUUUGUUAUAAUGCAAUGAUUGGGGGUUUUGCUAUUCAUGGUUAUGGGAAUCAAGCGGUUGAGCUUUAUAGAAAGAUGAAAUUAAAGGGUUUAGUUCCUGAUGAUGCGACGUUUGUGGUUACAAUGUUUGCUUGCUCUCAUGUUGGAUUAGUGGAAGAAGGGUUGGAGAUUUUCAAGUCCAUGAAGGAGGUUCAUGGGGUGGAACCGAAACUUGAACACUACGGUUGCCUGAUUGAUCUUCUAGGUCGAGCUGGGCGGUUAAAGGAAGCAGAGGAUUGGUUACAAGAUAUGCCGAUGAAACCAAACGCGGUAAUUUGGAGGUCUUUACUUGGUGCAGCAAGACUUCAUGGAAAUUUAGAUGUGGGAGAACUUGCUCUCAGAAAGUUAAUAGAGUUGGAACCAGAAACUAGCGGAAACUAUGUUCUUUUGUCGAAUAUGUACGCUAGUGUUGCAAGGUGGAACGAUGUGAAGAGGGUGAGAAUGUUGAUGAAACUUCAUGGUGUUAACAAAUUGCCAGGUUUUAGCCUAGUCGAGAUAAAUGGUGCCAUGCAUGAGUUUCUUACAGGUGACAAAACUCAUCCGUUUUCAAAAGAAAUAUAUUUGAAGAUCGUGGAGAUUAAUAGAAGACUACAAGAAUAUGGUCACAAUGCGAGAACAUCAGAUGUUUUGUUUGAUGUAGAAGAGGAAGAUAAGGAAGGUGUACUUUCUUACCAUAGUGAAAGACUAGCCAUAGCGUUUGCUCUUAUAGCGUCUCCUUCGAGUUUACCUAUAAGAAUUAUUAAGAACCUUCGAGUUUGUGGCGAUUGUCAUGCGUUUACCAAGCUAAUAUCGGCGGUGUAUGGAAAAGAUAUUGUAGUUAGAGAUCGAAAUCGGUUUCAUCAUUUUAAAGAUGGGAGUUGUUCUUGUCUGGAUUACUGGUGAUAACGAUUCCAAAUUCACCUCACAGCAAAAUUAGUACCUGAAUGAAAAUAUAUAGUUUCCUACAUUCAUUUGAAAUUCAGUUUAUUUAUAAGAUCAUAUAGUUGCAUGAGAAACUUACUUACUGUAUGUAUAAUCAAUAUUCUACCUUGAAAUACAUCUCUAGUAUACUCCUUCAGUAGCACUUGAAAAAGUAACUCAUCACUAUAAAUGUUAAGAUAAACAUGUAAGCCUUUGAAGUAAUAUAAAAUGUUUAAUGUGAAUCUAUGCUGGAUUGUUGUUUACCCAUCAUAAUAGUUUAGAUAUGUUGAUAUAACCUUUUCUGCAUUUUAAUGUCUCUAGAACUCAUAUUUCAAGAAGCUGAACAGUACAUUAGCCUCUUUGGUCUUUUCAACAUCCUAACCAGUUUCCUCUUAGUUAGAUCCACCUUCAGUUUCACCGCUUCAGUUCUGGUCAGUAUGAUAUGUUCUCCUAACCGAUAGAGCUUAAGGUGGAUUGUUGUUUGGAUACGGCGCUUGUUGAGGUUUCGGGAUCGUGGAGGCUGCAUUGUGUUACGGGGAGUCGGUCUUGUGAUUGUGUUGUGGCUGUUCCUAUGGGUUCUCAGGGUUCAAUUCUAGGUGUGGAGGUCAGUGUUCAUAGGAAAUCAUAUUCUACUCAACUGGUUGAUAUGGAAGACCAAAGUGGUGGUAAGGAGAACGUCAUCAGAACUCAAGAAGGAGGCUUUCUCAAGUCUAAUGUGUUCACUUUGACUAUACCACAGAUAGAUGGUGGUUCAAAUUUAUCGAUUAAAAUUAGUUGGUCCCAGAAGAUAACAUGCUGCAACGAUGUGUUCUACGUGAAUGUGCCAUUUACCUUUCCAGAUUUUGUCAACCCUGCCGGGAAGAGAAUGGCUAAAAAAGAAAAGAUACAAUUAAAUGUGAAUGCUGUUAACGGUAGUGAGAUUACGUGCAAGACAACAAGUAAUCCCACGAAGGAAGUAAAGCGCAGUGCUGGGAGCAUAGGUUUCUCACAUGACACUGAUGUUCUCUCCUGGUCAAAAUUUGGAUCGGACGGCUAUUCAGCCAUUUAAUUUUUUUGUGCCACGUCGUCACUUUAAUUUGCAGAUUGCAAAACUAAGCUUACAAACUGGCUUUUUGUCGGAGUAUACACGUAUGGGAAUUCUCGAGAUUGAUCAGCUAAAGAAAUCCAAGCAAUCAGAUGGAACCAAAGUAUCAAAAAACAAAGGUGAAAAUGUCCAAGGUGAGAGAAUGCUUUUGCUUCCAAAGUUAGGCAUAGGCUUUGGCAACUUGACUGCAACUGCUGAGAACACUCCACCAGGAGCUGAAGAUACGAAAUUGCCCGAUGGGGCUGAAAUCUUUGUUAAGGCAGCCACAGCUUGUUGCGGCAGCCUCUGCAACCAUUGCUGUUGCAUGUGCUGCAUUCAGCUCUGUACCAAGAUGAACAACCAGUGUGCAACUGCAUUUUCUCAACUUUGUAUUGGUUUAGGAUGCUAUGGCUGUCUCAGCUGUUGUUCAGAUAUAUGUUGUACUGGAAAUGAAAGUUGAAAUAUCAAAGUUUGUGUAGUUAAUUGUUAGUAUAGUUUUUAACGGUUAAUUGUUUGUAGUUAAUUGUUAGUAUAGUUUUUAUCUCUCCUUUGCAAACAAUUGAAUUUAUGACCUCCAAUUAAAUUAAUC